CGUUCUCGUCGAACGCGACCGUCGCAUACGGUUACCGACGACGCGCCGCCACGCACGUUCUGCUCGCUGUCCCGCCGCGCGCUGUUCCCGCUCCAACCGCAAAGCUUUUCCCGAACCGAUCCAGUCGUCGGGAUCCCUGUCGAAAUCGUCCACUCGGAUCGAAACCCUUCGCACCAUCCAAACCGACCGGUAGGAAGCUUGUCCGGACCGCGGAUCGCAAUUUGGUCUCUGCGCGCGCGCACCGGUACCCCGUAACGAUUAUGCUGAUGAUGAACGAUUUCGGGUCGAUGGCCCCGGGCAAUAUGAUGCCGCCAUCGUUCAAUCCCAUGUGCCAGGGCUUGUUCGAGCACCAGAUGCCCAAGCCCAGACUGGCGUUCAAGAUGCCGCGUGUGGUGCCCGACCAGAAGAACAAGUUCCAGACGGACGACCUGUUCAAGCGCCUGAGCCGCGAGAGCGACGUUAGAUAUACAAGCUAUAGGGACAGACCACACGAAGAACGACAAAACCGUUUUCAAAUGGGGUGUCGCGAAGGACAUGUAGACAUUGCUUUUGCCACAACAGGAACGAAUUUGCAACUCAUGUUCACGCCAAAUAUGCCAUCGAUGGCAUCAUAUCACCAACCAACAAUUGGAUAUUGCGAUUUUGAAAAAGAACAAGGAAUGGUUCACAUUUUGUCGCCGUUCAUAAUGAACGGAGUUUGCGUGCAAUGGAAAGGUCGGAUCAGUUUAGAAAAGUUAGACGGCAUCGGGUGCUUGGAAUUCGACGAAGAACGGGCAAUGGUCGAACAUCAAAUACUGCAAGAACAAAUCGAGAGGUACAACAACCGCAUAAAAGACCACCAGGACAAGUCGCGAGCGUACAGACACCAAGAACGCGUUAACAUGCCCGAUAUGGACGUCAACAAGAGAUUUAAUAAUUUUUAGUCCUUUGUUUUUAUUAUUAUUAUUUUUUUUAACAUGUUG